AUGGCGCGUUUCGGAUUAGUUCUCGUCGUGGCUAUUAGCCUCACCAUCGCUUUGUUCCCGGACACAACCACUGCUCAGCUCAAACCCAAAUUUUACGGAAACUCAUGCCCGAAUGUCGAAAGCAUCGUGAGAACAGUCGUUAACCAAAAAGUCAAAGAGACGUUCGUCACCAUCCCAGCCACACUCCGUCUCUUCUUCCACGAUUGCUUCGUCAACGGAUGUGAUGCGUCGGUCCUGAUUCAGUCAACACCUAACAACAAAGCCGAGAAGGAUCAUCCAGACAAUGUGUCUUUGGCCGGAGAUGGAUUUGAUGUUGUGAUUAAAGCCAAGAAAGCUCUAGACGCAAUCCCAAGUUGCAAAAACAAAAUUUCUUGUGCUGAUAUCCUUACCUUGGCCACCCGAGAUGUUGUUGUCGCGGCUGGAGGACCGUCGUACACAGUGGAACUCGGUAGGUUCGACGGUUUGGUGUCGACCGCAAAAAGCGUCGACGGAAACUUGCCAGGUCCAAAUGACAAAGUUGACAAACUCAACGCCCUCUUUGCCAAAAACAAACUUACUCAAGAGGAUAUGAUCGCUCUUUCAGCGGCUCACACCGUCGGAUUCGCUCAUUGUAGCAAAGUAUUCAACAGAAUCUACAACUUCAACCGCACACACUCCGUUGACCCAACUCUAAACAAAGCCUACGCUAAGGAGCUUCAAGCGGCCUGUCCCAAGAAAGUUGACCCAAGAAUCGCCAUUAACAUUGACCCAGUCUCUCCAAGAAAGUUCGACAACAUUUACUUCAAGAAUCUUCAGCAAGGCAAAGGACUCUUCACCUCCGAUCAAGUUCUCUUUACCGAUGGUCGCUCUAGGCCAACCGUUGACGCUUGGGCCAAGAACUCUGCUGCUUUCAACAAGGCGUUUGUGACCGCUAUGACCAAACUCGGCCGCGUUGGCGUUAAGACUAGACGCAACGGAAACAUCCGUCGUGACUGUGGUGCCUUCAACUAA